CAAACCGAAACUUGAAAGCUCCGCAAUUGGCAACUGCAAUCAAAAUACAAUCUUGGUCCCAGCAUUAGCAGAAACUAGAAUGAAACCUCUGCUUCCCACAACCAUCAAAUAAUAAAUUUUCGCCAUGGCUUUCUAUUUCAUGGCUACUUCUCUCAAUUCCACCCCAUGCUCUUGUUCUAAUACCAUCUUUCCUCCAUUGCUUUACCCAAAGCACAAACACCCCUUCAAGCUCACCCUUUCUUCUUCUAGUAAAACGUUUGCUCAAUCAGAAGGAAAAGAAGGUGGACUCAAAGAGGAAGACCCUCCUGCUGUCUCUGGUUCAUUGUCUUCUACACGCACACAACUUGAUCUUUUGGAACAACUAAGUUCUACGAGCUCUGCUGCAGAUGGAUAUGAGAGUGAUGGUGGGUCUGGGAAACUCACAAUUCGUGAGCAGCUCGCUCGAUUAGUUGGGGACAGAGACGAUGAUUUUAGUAUUCCGUUGGGCAAGAACUUGAAGAAGGUUAGUUCAAGGUUUUUAACCAUCUCACAGAAGAGAAAUAUCAGGAGACAGGCUUACCUGAAUGAAGUUUCUCAGAGGAAUGAUUCGGUUUUCUUUGCAACGAUCGGAGCAUUCGUACUUGUUCCACCUUUUAUAAUAUUAGGGAUUGCUAUAUUAACAGGUUAUGUCCAGCUUUUCCCUUGAUACAUGCAUUCUCAAAAGUAAAUCUGAAUUACAUCGCCCUGAAAUUAUGUCCAGCUAGUCAGUGUUUUUUCUUUUCGGUUUUUGUCCAAACUAUCUGUUAAUCAUAGAAGAAUGUCGUUUGCUA